UUGGUGAAAUCAGGAACUUCAGAUCCGUCUAAGGGAAAGCCUCACCUUUAGAACUCUUGAGGAAAAGUAUGAAAAUUAGUUAGGGGCAUUCUUAUCCCGGGCUGAAUCACGACAAAGGGGCUUCAAGGAAGACCAGGAUUUUUGCUUUAAUUUUUAUGUAUUUUAAUUUUGUUUGACGUCUUUCAAAAAAGCUGGAUAGUCGAAAUUACAAAGUUCACAAAGAAGUUGGCUGAAUGUUGCAAGCUUGCAAAAUGGAAGGAUUUUCCCUCAUUUCCCCUCCCUCUGAAGAUCUGAUAUCCUAUGAAUCAGACAUCUACAGACCAUCCCAUGACAGUUACCAGUAUCUCAACAGUGAUGCAGAUAGUCAUGGUGCAGGUGAAUUGCUUUUUUCUUCAUCAGACCGCUACUGGGACUAUCACCCCCAUAACCUGCACACUGAGUUCGAGAGCUUUGGCGACAACCAUUUUGCAGAGCUCCAGAGCAUUCAGGCACCUCAGCUGCAGCAGCUCUACCGGCAUAUUGAGAUGGACCAGAUGCACGUUCUAGAUACUGGGAUCCCUGUCACCCACCCUGGGAUCAACCACAACCAGGUUGCCUUUGUGCCUCGCAUAUGUGUGCAUCCUGUUCAUCAGCGCAGCUCUGAUGAAGAAGAACUAGAGAGACAGAGCCCUCCAUUGGAAGUGUCAGACGGGGAGACUGAUAUUGGGGAACCUCUUCCUGGAAUUAUGAGUGGAGAAGCAGGCAGUAAGAAGAAAAUCCGAUUAUACCAGUUUCUUCUUGACCUGCUUCGUAGCGGAGACAUGAAGGAUAGCAUCUGGUGGGUAGAUAAGGAAAAAGGCACGUUCCAGUUCUCCUCCAAGCACAAAGAAGCACUGGCCCAUCGCUGGGGCGUUCAGAAAGGCAAUCGCAAGAAAAUGACCUACCAGAAGAUGGCACGGGCAUUGCGAAAUUAUGGGAAGACUGGGGAGGUCAAGAAAGUCAAGAAGAAGCUGACAUACCAGUUUAGCGGAGAGGUGAUGGGAAAGAGCGGCAUUGAUAGAAAGCACUAUCCUCUUUGAGCAUAAGCACAGAAUCCUGAUAAGCCAUAACAGGGGCACCUGGAUUGGACUAAGCAGUAGAAUUCUGAAAACCUCUUUAAUAUGCUUCCUGUGCCCUCCUGUGCCUAUUACUUAUCGAGGCUUUAAACAUCCAAUGUCUCUGGUACGAAUUCCUUUCCUCAGCUUUGAAAUUCCAACAGAUUUUCUUUGCUUCACCUUGAAAGACUGUGCCAUAGCUUACAGCUUUUAAAACAGCAUUAAUAAAAGUUUUGGUUUAUUUUGUCCUGGAUAGAGGGAAGUUUGCAGACCUUGAAAAUAUAUCUUACUGUACAAGUAUUAAUAACAUGAAGAUAUUUAAUAAAGUCAGGUAUAAUGAAGGCAUAGCCUUUGUAUUCGUCCAUAACUGCUUGUGACUAUAGCAAUUGCUGAGUAUGUUAUCUACUACACACACCUAAACUGAUUUAAAUGACUGGGAGAUUUUCUACAUGAGGCAUUUAUUGUAUGCUUGUCAUUCCCUACACACAGUUGUUUAUAGGUUCUUUAGAUAAUGACAUCACCCUUCUGUUCUGCUUUGUAAACAGCACUUUUUGCAGCUUUUUUUCUUUCUUUUUUUUUAAGAAUAAGAAAAAAUUGUAUUUUUUUCUGAAGACAGAAGAAAAUGCUAUUUCCAUUUGUGCAUUUGCAGUAUGCCACCAUGCCUCCUAGAGGUUAUGUGGUGGAAAAGCAGAAAGGGGAACACUCCUUUUGCAAUGCUUAGAUCCCAAUUUUGCUGCACAACCAAAGAUAGAUGCAGCAAGUCAACAGCCUCAUGUAGAAAAGCCCAAAGAUCUUAUAGUGCCUUAACGACUUAUACUGGAAUAUAUUUGUUAGUCUUUAAGGUGCCAGAAAGACCUUUCUUACUUUUGCUGCAAUAUUAGUACUCUAAUUAGUACCCUAGAAAAUUAAACUGGAUUAUUAAGCAUAAAUAUAAUUAAACAAUUAUAAUAUACAGUUAAUUAUUUACUUGGAAAAUAUGUAUGAUUUUUUUCAGGAUUUGAUUGCCACAGUAUUGUUGAUUCAUGUUAUCACUGCAAUAGCUACCUUUGAGUUUUUAAAUUGAUUAUUUUCAUAUCCUCCCUUCAUUUCCUUAAAAAUGAAGGAAAAUAGAGGCAAAGAUAUUCCCAGUUGUCAGAUCCUUAAGAACAUCGUGGCUUUCUUCCAUCCCAAACUGCAAAAUGGGAACAGAGAGGACCGGGCUCAGAAAAAUCUUUCCCUUUCUCCUACUCUGCAGCACUGUUGGGAUGGAGGAAGAGCAUUCCCUUCUGCCACUGAAGAUUUUGCUCUGGGUACCCUUUUUCCAAACUCCAACUCCUCCCUAAGUUAUGAAGAGAAGGAAGGAGGAGGGUAAAGGAACAGAAGAAUCCUUUGCAGCCUAGUUCCUUCCUCUUCAAUCUUUUGUGGCUCCCAACUUAUUCACAUUGAAAGUAAUCACAAUGAAAUAUCAGUACUGAAAACAGUAAUUGAUUAAUCUGUAUUGAACUUAUGGUAUACAUAGCAGAAUUGUUUUUUACUCGUUUUCAUAAUGUUAUCACAACAGGCCAGUAAAGUGAACCGAUAUUAUUAUAUUGAACUGGAAUUUAGAAAUAUAAUGUCAAAGUAGGAUGAGGAGGCAUUUUUUUGGGAAACAAGAUGUUUAAAAGUAUUUUGGAAUUGAUGUAUUAUUUAAUAAUAUCCACUUUCAUUUCAGA